AUGCUGAAGAUUAUAAAGGACAUCAUGCAGAGGGAGAAAAACGAUCCGGAAAGAGCGAACUUAAUUAAGAAAGAGCGGCAGGAAAGCAGAAAGAAGAAGACGUACUCAGGGAUGAACCAGAAAUGUGACACUAUAUCCUGUGACUCGAGCAGCACGGAAAGGUACAAGCCCUCACGUGACUCCAAAAUGGCCCAAGAUUUACAGCAACAAAUUUACAACGAUCAACAUCCGGAGAUGACGCAGAGUAUUAAAGACACGGAAAAGAAGAAAAAGGCGACAUCAGAUGACACGUGCUCGUGCGUUUCAUGCGCGCUCAAGAAGGUGAUCGGCUCCGACUACGUCUGCAUCGCGUGCCUGGUGCUGGUGUUCUGUGCGUCCGUGGCCGUGGGCUUCUUCGUGGUGUACAAGGGCGUGGUGCCGGUGUACAUGACGCCGCACGCCCGCGACGACGCUGAGGCGGCGAAGCAGAGCGAGCUGAUGAAGGCGAGACGCCAGUUCCGCAGCGAGGGGACCGGCGGUGAUACGCCGGGGUAUGAGAGGCGCGGGCCGCCCAUUGUUCCGGACGCGCAGACGGACCGCGGUGUUUCUUUGUGCACGGCGCUCGGCGGGACAUCCCCGACUGAUUAUGAUGUCCCCUGUCCUCCGGCGCCGCGGCCCCCACCGGCGCGGGACGGAUUAAGGCGCGGUGGGAUUCGAUUUUCGAACGCGUCUCAA